GUAUAUUCUACUUGUAACAUGUUCAAGUUCGUGAUCCUCUUGUCGGUUGUUGCCUGCGCCUUUGGAGCUGCUAUCCCUGAGGGACUCCUGCCCCAGUUGGAUGGACGCAUCGUUGGAGGCACUGCCACCACUAUCAGCAGCUUCCCCUGGCAAAUCUCCCUCCAGCGUAAUGGCGGUCACUCCUGCGGUGGCUCCGUCUUCCGUUCCAACAUCAUCGUGACUGCUGCUCACUGCCUGCAAUCCGUUUCCGCAUCCUCUCUGCAGGUUCGCGCUGGAUCCAGCUACUGGAACUCUGGUGGUGUUGUCUUCAAAGUCGCCUCCUUCAGGAACCACGAGGGUUACAACGCCAAAACCAUGGUCAACGAUAUUGCCGUCAUCCGUCUGAGCGGUAACCUGGGAAUGAGCUCCACCAUCAGGACAAUCGGUCUGGCCAGUAAUGCUCCCGCCAACGGCGCUGCUGCCUCCGUCUCUGGAUGGGGUACUCAGUCCUCUGGCUCGAGCUCCAUCCCCACCCAGCUGCAGUUCGUCAACGUGAAAAUUGUUGGCCAAGCCCAGUGUGCAUCUUCCAGCUACAGCUAUGGUAGCCAAAUCAGGAGCACCAUGAUCUGCGCUUCUGCUCCCGGCAAGGAUUCCUGCCAGGGUGACUCUGGUGGCCCAUUGGUCUCUGGAGGUGUCCUCGUGGGUGUUGUCUCUUGGGGCUAUGGCUGCGCCGCCUCCAACUACCCAGGUGUCUACGCCGAUGUUGCUGUCCUCCGCAACUGGGUGAACAACGCCGCCAACUCCGUUUAAGAACUUGAACGAAUAAAUAUUGCAUUGAAAAUUA